AGGAAAUGUGACCUUGCCUUUCUCCAUCUUUCCCUCAAACAUCCGUUGUCAACUUCCAGGGAUGGUUUGGUCUCUCAUUCAUAUUCCAGACGAGAUCUUGAGUUCAAUCCUACGUGAUUGCCCUCCCCAGACCUGUGCCGCCCUCGAACAAACCAACUCUCGAUUUCAAAAUGUGACGAACGAGCCUUUACUAUGGCGUUACUAUUGUCAGUCGCAUUACAAGUUUUGGGAUAGGCGUCAUGAUAUGCCUCACAAGCUUCUUUGCCCAGUCUCGUCUAUUGAUUGGAAGGCGCUUUUUGUGUCCAAGUAUCAAGUCGAUCGCUCGGUCACUGGGCUUCUCGGGAGCAUCCUCGCUAGUCAAACGGGCCGCAUCGAAAAGUUUCGCUCUGUGAUAAAUAUGGGAUACGAUGCCAAAGACACUCUUUUGCGGCAUAGUCUGGUGGCAUUCGGGGAUGAUCAUCUGGCCAGAAGGUAUUAUGCUCGCGCACUCUUGACUUGUCUCCAUCGGAGCAUUGCAGUGCCGGAGUGGGCGAAACUCAGGCGCGGGGAGCCGGUGUCACUUGACCGAGCCUUGGGCUGCUUUGAUCUCUUCAUUCCUGAAAGCGGAUAUGGGGACUUGGACGAUAUACGAGGCUCGCUUGGUGGGAUUCUUGAUCGCUUCGUCGCAGAUCACCUAGACCUUUCUCUCACUCCUCGCCAAAAAGCCCUGGCUAUUGCAUCCUGGCUAAGAGCGAACAACCUUACAGGCCUCGAUCCAGAGCGGGAAUACCACUCCCUGGAGCAUAAUUUCCUGGGGCUAGCUCUAAAGAAUGUUGGGCACAACUCUCUACCGUUGAUAUCAGCUGCAAUAUAUUGCUUUGUUGCGCAGGGAGUGGGCCUCAAUGCUCGUCCUUGCGGGUUUCCUUUCCAUGUCCAUGUCAUAAUCACCCCCCGGUCAGGAUUUGACAUGGAUGGGCGUUCUUUGUCUAAUAUGGGUCAGGGGCAGCCCAUGUACUUGGACCCAUUCCGAGGCGCACGAGAAACUUCCGUUUCAGAUCUGCGCAAUCAACUAAGCUUCCUCGGAAUGUCCAACUCGGACCAAUUUACCGCACUUGGCGAGUCUCUAACGUCGUCGAUUGUCUUGCGCUGCGGCAAGAACAUUCUGAACUCGGUCCGUAUCGCAUCUCAAAAUCCAGACUUGCAUUCUACUUCAGUAGAUGCCGUGAGUGCAAGAUAUGCUGCACUUUGGUCGGUGAUGCUCCUAUCGGGUGAUUCAAGACCGACGGAUCUGCGUCACCAAUUGCCAUGGCUGAUGGAGCUUUUCGCUACUGAUUUCCCUUCGGACAUAUUUCUCAUCGAGCAAUACAUUGCUCCUCUGUUCCACGGCCUAUUUGAGCAUGAGCAUAUUCUAGAGAGCCUCCACGUGAUGAGGGCCGUGGAUGAGAUCCCAAAGCAGGUUCAUACCCGAACUGGUACCAACGCAAAUAUUCGAUAUACUGUGGGUCAGGUUUUCUGCCACCGUCGCUAUCAUUACAGGGCUAUCAUCACCGGCUGGGAUUCCGAAUGCGGUGCGGGUGAACAGUGGAUGAUGAGGAUGGGCAUUGACCGAUUACAGGCUGGCAGGCACCAAAGUUUCUACCAUGUUCUCGUGGAGGAUCGAAGUGUUCGAUAUGUGGCCGAGGAAAACAUUGAACUUAUUAAACCUCACCUAACAGAACUGCCACAGAGCCUGAUCGCUAUUGCGGGCAAGCAUUUCAAACGAUGGGAUGAAAGGGGUAGGAUUUUUAUAAGUAAUAUGAAGGAUGAGUAUCCAGAUGACUAAUCCCCGGCCCUUGUGCCCACCAGGGCAAGUGGACAUGGUACCUAUCUACAUAGUCCUGGAUCUAGCACAACUCGU